UGGAACAAAAGUCGUCGUAAUGCUAAAUAUCAGGAGGCAGGAAUAGGCUUCACCAUACCGAAUGAUGAACGAUGCAGUUUCUUCAAGCUUUUACGGCAGUGUUGCGUUUCAGCACCCCGAACUAUCCACGCCCAUUCACAGCGUGGAGCACGAUAAUUUCAGCAAUUUGACCAGCAAUUACAGCUUCUUUGAAGAUGAGCAGGCGUUUCUGAUUAACACAGCGAUUGCCCCAGCAUCGACAAUUGGCAAUGCGAAUGUGCAGUCAGCAACGCCGGAUACUUCCAAUUACACCAAUAUCCCUUUCGUGCAAAUACACACAACGGAUCUGCAGCAGGCGCAGCCACAGAACAGUUACCGGAAUGUGUUCCGUCGGAAAGCAGCCGAGAUUAAGGCAGAGCCAAUCAAGUCGGAGCAGGCGGAGGCCAGCAAGGAACGCACAAAUGCCACGCCCACGCCGCCUACACGUAACUCCAGUGCCGAGGGCAAGCAAAACAAUGAAGAGGUGGUGAAUAGUACCCUUGAUGUUGAUGUUGUGCCGAGGACGACAGGACAUGAUAUUCCACCCAUACACAAGUGCUCAAGUUGUCCAUUCCUGAGCUUGUGCCAACUAAAAAUGCAGGCCCAUAUUGCGAAUUGCUUUGGUGUUGAUGAGCAACAACGCCUCCAGUGCCCAGGCUGCGCUAACAUUUUCUACAAAGUUGAUGCGCUAAACGUGCAUCUUAUGGAGGACCAUAUGCUGACUGCUGAUGAGAUUACAACGCUAAAUCCGUACAAUGAGGGCAAAUCAAAUGCAGACACCGCCACAAAUGUUCAGCAGCAACCUCAAGAAAAGCAGCAGCAGCCAAAGAAUCGCAUAUUUAUUAAGAAUGUGAAUUGUCUUCGUGAGCCUUUGGCAGAUUACAUGCCGCCACUUCAGUUGGAAUGUUCUGGGGAAAAUAAUGACAGCAGCUGCAACAACAACAUUAUCGAUAUAUUCGCCGUUGUAGGUCCAACCGUACAAGAUCAAAUGGCGGCACAAAAACAUGGACCUGCUGCCCCCAUAGAGUCCCGCAUUUCAAACCAAAAGAUUUCGAUCAAAAGCGUCGAUGUAUUACGCGAACCUUCUUUACUGCCGUUUCAAUUUCAAUUGCCAAUAUCCGGAGGUGAUCAGGAUCUGCCGCUGAUACCGGAAGAAAACCCCCUCGAUGUGCAAGUGGUCGGUGUUGAGCAGGAGAAACCUCGUCCGCCAAAGAUAUAUAUCAGAAAUGUGGAUAUACUAAAGGAGCCCAUGCUGCUGCCAGGCAUGAACUUCAAUGGUGCAGCCAAUGUGGUGUCUACUCCAGCGGACGCCUUCCAAAGCAGCUCAGAACUCCUCACCCCUAAUGGCCCACUGCCUAGCUUUGAAUCAACGCUUCCCCCAUUGACAAGCAUCUGUGGCGAAGCCUUUUCCUUUGACUCUGUACUUAACGGUGGUGGAAACACGGUAGACGCCUUCACAUCCAAUAGCAGUAGCAAUAGCAGCAGCCUCAGCGCAGGUGGAAACUUUACAGUCGACAGCGCGCGGCUCAGCGCACUCGACCUUGACUUUGGCGUCGAAUUUGAGCCGGAUGGAAUUACGGAGUCAACGAACCCAACGUCAAACGCCGCUCUUAUCGAGAUGGCCUCAAAGCCCGAUUUGGAAACGGUGCCAGACAUAUCCGGAAAUCAGAAUAACUUUUUGCAACUGCAGCAGGAAUCGGCCGCUUUGCCAAUCAAUGCGACAGCACAGAAGCAGAAGAUCUUCAUAAAAAAUGUUGAUAUAUUGAAGGCUCCUCAAUUUCAGCAACGCCACGACAAUCAUCAUCAGCAACGUGGCACCCUGCACCUGCGCACCGUCGACGAACUCAAUCUUAUGAACCGCACCGAAGUUGCGCAUCUUAUAGAACCCAAUCUUGAGCACAUAUUGGAGCUACCGCAGCCUAUCACUGACUUUAGAUCGCAGUUAAGCAACAGCUGGCCCACCAACGGUGGCUAUGACUUGGGCGAUGAUCUAGAUUGCAUCAUUAGCGAUGUGGAGACAGUGCAGCUGGAAACUCUAACGCAAAUUGAUGAUAUUUUAAUUGAUGACUUUGCUCAUCUCUACGUGCCAUCCUCACAGGAUUUGGUGGAGAGCAGUAUGAAGCAUGAGUGGCCAGCUGCUGAUGGAGUGCUGCCUAAAACACCAACUGAAAGCUCUGCUAACGCUGAUGGUGCGCCUGCUAGCAAUCAAGGCGGACAAAUUGGAGACGUCCCACCCCUUGUGCCGGUCACUGGUACGACCAGUGUGAGUUCCAUCGAUUCGGCGUCUCCGCCCAAUCUUUCCAGCUUGCCUGUGCCACCGCUUGUGCCUUGUGCUGCCCCUAAACCCGCGCAAACCGAGACUCCCCUCGGAGAGAAACAGGGGCGCAUAUAUGUGGCCAAUAAUCUGAUGAAUACAGCGACACCAGGAGUUAUGGAAUCUGCUAAUUCUAACGAUCCACCACUUCUCGCAGGUGGCACUUCUGUGCGCGGACGUCCGUAUGGCGCCAAACGCACAGGCAAUGCUAAACCGCGCAAGUCCGUGGCCGCCACAGAGACACAGACUGGCGGGAAGUGUGCCGUGAAUGGCUGCGUUUUUCGAUUUAAAUCGCCAGGCACACUCGAGUAUCAUCGGCGAUGCCACAACGGUCCCGUCAAUUCCACACAGCCCAUGGUUUGUCCGGAGUGCCACUCGACCGAAUUCAGCAACUGGAACUCUCUCCACACGCAUCUCUGGCGGACCCAUCAAAUCGACAUGGAGCUAUAUUGCUGCCCAUUGUGCACGUUCAAGACGCCCAUCUACUCGCGUCUGGUUAACACACAUUCCAAAAUUCACUCGGAGGAACGCAACUACAAGUGUGAGCAGUGCGGCAAGGCUUUUAAGAACACCAAACAAUUGAAGAAUCAUCGGCGCCUACAUCGUACCCAGGGACUGGGAAAAACGGUCAACAGCGGUUCCUCGGCGACAGAUUCAACGACUCCAUCGCUUCAUCGCUGCGAGGACUGUGGUGCUGCCUUCACGCACCUGAAAACGCUGCGCGAGCACCUCUGCAAGCAACGCAGCGAUCACGCCAAAUGUGAUGUUUGUGAUCGUGUGUGCUCAUCCAAGUCCAGUCUGAAGCUGCAUAUGCAGACGCAUCAGGCGACCAAACGUUUGAAGUGCGAGUUCUGCGACUACGAUACCAACGAUCACAACGCCUUAAGACGACACCGUGCUACGCACCGCGAACGGCUGGGAGAAGCAGAGAGGGAACAGAAGAUGUACACCUGUGCUCAUUGUGACUACAAAGCCAUACAGAGCACUGCCUAUCAGAUACACGUACAGCAGAAGCACCCGGAGCUGGCUUCAACGAUUCUGCACAAGUGUUCCUUAUGCUCCUACAGCACCGUCAAUCCUGGACUGCUGCAGGUGCACCAAGCCAAGCACGAGACAACAUUAGCUGGGCAAGUUGAAGAGGCGCUUAGCUCGGACGUUGCAGCGCCUGUCAGUGACUCCUCGCAGACCGUAACAACAUCGUCAAAGAUCAAAGUGAAAAGCAGCUUGUUGUUCGCACAUUCCAGCGCUAUCACAAGACAGUCUGAUAUAGAUUUGAACGGAUUACAAGACGCGCUUAUGCCGCCCGAUGGUGAGCAGAUAUUCGAUGGAUGCAGAGAGUGAACAACUUAAGCAUUGUCUAUAGAUUAUUGUAAAUAUGAAGCCAAAAAAUCAAGCAGGAUGACUGCUUAUUGUAAAUUUCUGUGUACAUACUCGUACCUAUGUUAGACACACAAAGUGCUGUUCGCUUCACAAGCAAUUUGUGGUCACGCGGGCACUUCUUCAAUCCAAGUGAUCCAAGUGAAUGUCACUGUAGUUUUUAGUUUUUUAUACCAAAUCCAUAUUCGACUAGAUUCUACAUCUCCAAGACAGACACUUUCCAAGAACUGAAUAUUUCAAUUGACAAACUGAAUCCUUUUAAUAGACACCAUUCGGAAAAUGGUUUGUUAAUCAUAGAUUCUAAUACCGGGUGUAAAUAUUCCCUUUUAAUGUUUGCAUCAUUCUUUUGACAACCAAUUUGAUUUUGAAGUUGGCUUACCACUCUUCAGUCUACAUAUAUUAGAAGCAAGGUUUCUGGAAAAUGUCUAUGAGUUUCGGAAAACCGAAAAAU